UUGUCUCUUCUUUAUUAUUUUUUAGUUUUUAGCUUAAAUAGCUCGCGCGAAAUGCGUAUUUCUGCAACUUAUAAUUCAACGUUCACGUUCGACAUUUUGCUCGAAAUGAAUUGUCUUAACUAUUGUCAGGACGCCAACGCCACGGAGAAAAUUAUCAUAAUUUAUUGCCAAAAAUUCAUAAGCUAGAUGUUCCUCUUCGUCCUAUUGUUUCCUCUUUUAUGGUCCCCUGUUAUAAAAUGUCAAAAUACAUCGGAGAUAUUUUGAAAGUAUUAAUUUCGGAAAAAUACAACGUGAAUAAUGCAUUCAACCUAAAAGAUAAGCUAGCCAAUAUAUGUGUGUGUGAUGAAGAUGUAUUAGUGUCGUUCGAUGUCGUCUCCUUGUUCACAAAUUUACCAACAAUGUUAGCCUCAAAAAUCGUAAUGAAUAAAUGGGACCAAAUUCAACAUAAAACCAAUAUUCCGAAAAAUAAGUUCCAAGAAAUGUUAAGUUUUUGCCUAAAUGACAAUAACUAUUUCAUGUUCAACAAAAAAUUAUAUUCGCAAACGUUUGGAAUGCCUAUGGGUAAUCCUAUUUCCCCAACAAUAGCCGACAUAAUUAUGGACAACCUACUGGGCAAUGCCAUCUCGGAGCUCAAGGAAAAAUUCAAUAUUGACAUCAAAUUUAUUACCAAAUAUGUGGACGUCAUCUUCGCUAUAGUUAAACGUAAUGACGCGAAUAUUAUUCUAGGGACUCUAAACAAGUAUCACAACAAACUUCAAUUUACGAUGGAAACAGAGAAAAAUUCAAAAAUCCCCUUCCUUGACGUUUGCAUUCAUAGGGAAAACCAACAUCUUUUACUUGACUGGUACUCUAAGCCAACUUCUUCUGGACGCUUAAUAAAUUAUUAUUCAUCGCAACCAACUAAAUAUAAGAUUAACACAGCAAAAAACCUCAUCCACAAAAUAUUGACGAUAAGCCACACAAGAUUCCAUGACGCUAACAUAGAGAAAAUAAACAAAAUCUUAAUAUGUAAUAAUUAUCCUGCUAAAUUAAUACGAGAACUAAUAAAUCAACAAAUUAUGAAAAAUAACAUUCAUCCAAAUACAACACCGAACAUAGACACAACAAAAACCACCAAGAAAUUUUACAGUGUAACGUAUAUUCCCAACCUAACCGACAACUUUGAUCACAGCAUAACCAAACCACAAAACACAGCACUUGCCUACAAAUCCAAUUACACCCUUUCGACAAUAUACACAAAAACAAAGUGCCCAGUAGAUGUCCACCAACAAAGCGAUGUAGUGUAUGAAAUUAAAUGCAAAGGAAAGGAAAAUGAAGAAUGCGGGAAAGUGUAUAUUGGGACAACUAAGCGGCCUUUAGGUGUUCGAUUAGGCGAACAUGAAGCUGACAUCAGAAAACAAAAAAGCAGUACAGCAUUAGCACAACAUAUAACAACAAGUGGACACACAGCUGAUUUCGCAAAUGCAAAAGUUAUUGACAAAGAAAAAAGAGAGUCAACCCGAUAUACAUUGGAGAGCCUCAGAAUAAUGCAAAGGAGAGAAAAGACCAUGAACAGAAAGGAAGAUACAGACAACAUUGCGGCCGCAUACAUUUCAUGUUUAUGAUUAUAAACUAACUUUUAGUAUUGACAAAGCUACCACAAAAGAUGGUAUAGAUUAUUAGUAUUUAGUGUUCAAUAAUUCGUAUGUAUUAAUGUUAAAAUAAUUUAAUUAAACGGAAUUGCCCCUGAAGAAGCUAAAAAUGUUUUAGCGAAACGUUGGGCCAGAAAGUGAAAUAACGUAGUUUUAUUUGCACAAAAUACUUAGAUCAGACCAGCCUGGUAACAUACAAUUGAAUAAAUUACGAACUGAUCGGAUA